AUGGUCAUAGCAGCUUACUUUGGGGUUAUUGGGGGUUUGGACAUAUACCAGGCCAAGCAGACAGUUCCCCAGGAGGAAACCCAAUUCGUUGGAGGGAUUGUUAAUGCGGCCAUUGGCGGCUACAUCUUGCUCUGUGUACUCCUGGGCUUCCUCAAGCUCGGCCUCCUUGCGUACAUUCUAACUUUCGGCGCCUUCUUCGUCACUUUACUCAAUGGAGUUUUUAAACUGGUGACGUUUAUCGUCCAGUGGGUGCAUUGGGGUCAAGGGAUGUCUGACGGCACUAUUGAAUUCCAAACCGUCAUGGUUACCUCCUCCAUUUCGCAGCUCCUUACAGUCAUUGUUAUCUUGGGCUUUGCAAAUCUCUUCUGGUCAGCAGCCUGCGUCUUCAAAGCUGGAGGAAACGGCUGCGAGUUCAAGAGCUACAGGGAGAUCGAAAGCAGGAAAGAUGCAAAGAAAUCCGAUGACGCAGUGUAA